AUGAAUCUAGGUACUCUCAUUCCUUUUCUUGCAUUAGCCCUUUGCGCAACUCCUGAGGCUUCAGGGGAUUCAGGCACAUCAGCUGAUUCAUCGGGGCAGUUGGCAUUUGCAGUUCCUGUAUAUGCAACUUCGGGAGGAAAUAGAAUUGUCAAUGCCGUUUAUGCAAUCGUCCUUCUGGUGGCCAUAGCUGUGAUCAACCUCCCACGUAAGUCUCUCGAGCAGACACAGUAUGCUGCUACAUCGGCCUUGGGUGCAUACUUCUUGAUCUCCCACAUCUUGCAGUCCACAGGAAUAGCACUAGAAAUGGACAUGAUUGCUGCAGGUAUUGUUGCUGUCCUUGCUGCCGUUAUUUCUUACAACAAGAUGCUCAGGAGUCUUCUCUUUGCCUUAAUAUCUGCUUAUGGAACAACAUAUUUUGCUGUCCUGAUAGUAAGACUCGAGUCGAUUCUCUUUGCAGGAAUCCUGGGUGUGGUUCUCUUCUUUGUAUAUAUAUUCCUCGGAAAGAUGAAAGAAGAUGGCAGACUCUUGGUUGCAAUGGCCAAAGCAGAUGUUUCCAGUCUUGGGUUUGCAUCCUUCAUAAACGUCUGGGGCGCCUUUGACAUGUUUGGAGGAAUGCAUGGCAUAAAUGCAAGCGAAGGCCUGUUCCAAGGAUUCCUUUUCGGGGGUAUCAUCAUUGCUUUGGUUUUCGCUGUUGUGUUUACGAUGAAUUACUUCAGCGAGUGGACUCAAGAAAAGAUGAACAGUGCCAGCUAA